UUUUCCAAAACUGUUGAACAAGAUUUAACAAUUUGUAAAUGAUAAGAAAUGAAAUGCUUUGUUAAUCUCAAGCUUUAAGAUUUAGAAUAAGGCUAAAAAUUUAUUACAUAGAAUUUUGUUUUAUAAACAGAAACAUACAGGUUUUAUGACGAUUUAUUUUAAUCGUCAUAAAACCUUCUGUACAUUUCUGUUGUGUAGAAAACUGAUUUGUAGAUCUUCUUUUGGAUCUACAAAUCAGUUUUCUACACACUUUUACUUGAAACUGCUCUUUUUUGGAUAGAUCUUUGAUAAGACCACAAUUUUUUUUUCUUUUAAUUAAAUGAAUUAUAGACGUGAUAGAUCCAUCUUGGGUUUGGCCAGACCCACAAUGGGGCAGUCCAAGUGGCCCUACCUAUCAGAUGUCCCCCCGUAAAAAAUUGCCGUGGUUGCUCAUCCAGAUUCUGUCCCAUCCCCAGAGCAUAACCAUUUGACUGGAAGGUGCAGAACUCUAAGUUUACUGUCGGCAAUGAAUACAAUAUGGUGUCUAGGUAUAAAAUACAACUUUGAGGAGGAUGCAGAUUACACGCGACUUAACCAAACAACUAUAUUAAUCCUUAAUUAUAAAUCAUUUUUUUAUUAAUUUUUUGAUGAUAAAGUUAUUGCUAAAUAUUAUUUUCACUCCUUUAAUUUUAUAAAUAUAAAUAUAAUAAUAUAAUUAUAUAAAUAUUGUUUCUCUUAUAGAACUCGCUAUUCAAUCAAUUGCAUGUAAUUUUAACAUUAUAACCUAUAUAAUAACCUAGUCAUUAUAGACUAACAGUUGUAUUUGAAAUAUGCAAUUUGAAAAACUUGUAGACCUAUAAAUUCCGCUGUCUUUCCUUAAUCUGGAGAACCGAGUUUAAUAGAUGAAAGACGAGACCGGGUAUGGAAUUUUUACAGGUUAUUUCUAGAAUUUAAUAUAUUAAAUUUUUGCAUUGUGUUUUAAAGUUUUCAGAAAAUAGUUACUCGUGAAUAACUUUGUAUUUCGGUCGUUGCCCGUUAAAGAAUAAAGUGUUUAUAAUAUGGAUUUACCGUGUCCGAUUUCCUCGUUGGCGAUUAAUAGAAAUACAUUUUAUUAAUCCUACUUUAUUUGCGUCGCGAUCUAAUUAAAGCCGCUCCUAUACGAAAUAGACUCGUAAAGUGACUGGCAUAUUUCUUCUAAUUCGUAAAUUAUUGACGGAGGACGGUUAUUUAUAACGAUUACGUUUUUAUCCUUCGACUUUGGGGGCAACGCUUAAAAUAUUAUCGGGAGGGCCGAAGGGGUUCCGUUUGCGUUUAGUGGUCGAGAAGAAUGCGGUGCGAGGUCGAUAGAAAAGUUUCCUAAGAAUAUUUCCAAGCCUUUCUCACACCAGGGAAAAGGGGUUGGGGGAGUUGGGUAUAACUUUAUGAAACAAAGGGGGCGGCGGGUGGAAAAAGUUUGGGAGUCGCUGGACUAAAGUAAUCAAACAAUAGAAUAACCCGUUUCGUUUGAAACGGACUAAGCUAUUGGUUCGCUUAUGGAACUGCUGGCCAAUUUGGAAACACUCGGUGACGUCAGAGAAAUGAUUUUCUUUCCGGUACGUUUUGCUUUCGUUUCAUAAGUUGGCUUCUACAGACGCUCUAUCGACCGUUAUCGCUUUUGCUACGAAAAGAGCUGAAGCAGGUCCAGCCAAAGUGGACAGUCGGCAUGCACCCAGAAGCAGACAGAAAGGGACACCCGACCCAUACCGCCUGUCGCUCCAUACCGCCAUCCAGGGGAACUAUGAUUUGGGACCGCCAAUCCUAGAGCGUUUUACCAAACUCCCAUACGAGAGCAGAAAUCCAAAAUGGCAUGGUCUAGAAGAAAAGAAAACGAUGAAAAAGUUAAAGAAAAAAUAAGUGGAGGUUCUCGUCCAAAAUAUGUUCCCAAUGACGACGUACCGCCAGAAAAAGUAUUUGAUUUCGUUUAUUUGACCGACAAAGACACUAUCGAGUAUUUGAAGAACCAUGGCAGAAUUGCUUUUGUGAUAAGAGGUUUUCCAGGCACAUGGAAAGAUGUGUUAAGGGAUCUCCUUUUUGAUGCAUACAAAAAUUCGGUCGCCUGUUCUGCAGAUUAUUAUUUUUUGUUACCUUUCGCCCCCGAAAGAAACAAGGAAACUUUACAAAAAUCCCAUGACUGGUGUAAAGAAAGAUUGGAAGAGUAUUGCCGCCAGAAUAAACCUGUUGUCAUUGUUAAGAAUUCUCACAUCCGUAGUUGGGAAAUAGAAUUCUAUUUGAACGUAUUGAGAGGAAAUUGCUACACUGUUCUCAUAUCCGAAACAACUAGGAAAUUUCAAGUCAAUACAAAGGUAUUGGAGAAGUCAAACGCAAAAGGAUUGAAAAGAUAUUAUUUUGAAGAAAGACUUAGACAGUGGGAAGAAGUCGUGCCUUGGUUUACCGGGUGGUUUUUAAGUCCCGCAGACGGCAAGUGGAUUUUUGAGAAGGCUCAAGAAAUACUUUUGACGUUUUCAGAGAGUAAAGAUUUUAAGGAGAUUUAUCUUAAUCCAGAAAACAUCAUUAAAAAAUUUAGUGCAGAAGCUGUUAUAUUUUGCAUAGCCGCCUACUGCAAUGCGGGAGAGACAACCAAGGGAAAGUCGUUCUAUCUUAACGAAGACGUAAGUUUAAUUAUUAAAAAUUAAAAACAGUUUUAGAUUGGAUAUUUUGUAUGUAUUCGGUCUUCUGAUGUUGAAACCGAGUUGCUUUUAACAUCAGAAGACCAUUUUCAAUUUGAUAUUUCUUAAUUUAAUAAAUAAAAUUCAUUCAAUAUUACUUAAUAUCAAUUAACAACCAACUUCUGUACCUUGGUAAAAAGAAUUUGGGAUGUUUUUCUUAAUUAUUUAUGAAAAUAAAAUGGAAAAUAUAUUAAAUGUUGUUAUUAAAUAUCUUACUUCCUUUUAAGAAUGAGUUUUUGUUAAUUAUUUUUCUACGUACAUGUAUAUUAAUAUAAUAGUCUGGUGAAUCAAUAUUAUUGUGAUUCGUCUUUGUGCGACAUCUCCUAACAUGUCUGGAGAUAGUCUUGGAUCAUUCUAUUGCAAAUACUACCAUAUUGUGCUUACCUUUUAAUGUGAAUAGCCUCUUAAAUACUGUUUUGGGUUAACUGGUGGUUUCCUGAUUG